AGGAUGAAGCCAAUCAUUGCUGUUGAUGAAAUGUUCCCUGAGGGAGCUGGACCUUACAUGGACUUGGAAGAGGCUGGUGGAUCGAGUGGACUUCUCAUGGAUUUGGCUGCUAACGAAAGGGCGAUACACGCAGACUUUUUCAAUGAUUUUGAAGACUUGUAUGACGAUGAGGAUCUGAAAUAAAAAGCGGACUGUA